GCAGGAGAGAUUUUGGAGACCACGAAGGCGAACGCUGUUGUGUGUGAGAAGAGCAGUUUCGACGAAAUAGACAUCAAUGCGCAGCGGAUUGAGGCCGUGCGGACCUUCGUGCAAAGGCUGGAUGAGGAGUGCGCGCAUGGCGGGGCCGACGACACGUCGAACUCCAGCGAGGACGAGGAAGACGGCGGGAAGGCAGAACGGGCAAGUAAACGCGGGCGCGUCCACGAGGGAGUGCCCUCGGGCGCGAAUGAGGCGGCCCGAGAAGCAGUGGAGCGCGACAUGCUGACUCAGGUCGAGCAGCUCACUCCCGCGGAAAUCGCGGAAGGAGCGAAGCAGAUUUAUCAAGCGCUCGACGGGAAGUACGUAGACAUCAACAAUAGGAAACAGAAAGUGAACGGCGACAUGACCAAAGUGCGGCACGUGCCAACGUUGGGGAAAGCCGCCCAUAAGCUGCUUACGCACAUAGAGCACACUUCGCGGCGACUGUCUGGUACACAGGAAGCGCGUCGAGUCAUGCGAUUUGAGACGAACGCGCUGCGAGUGCGGUACGGCGUCCCCAUUUUCGUAACCUUCUCGCCCGACGAAGGUCACAAUCUUCUCAUGGUGAGACUCUCGCGCACUCGACGGCAAGACCCUGUGCACAAGGCGGCUGAUGACGAAGCGCAGUCGCGGCUGGCGGGGGGUCGGGGCUGGCCGCGCGUAGCCCCCGACAUGGAUGGGCUGCAGAUGGACCUGCCAAUGGCCGCGGGGGAGGCAGAAGUGCCGCCAUGGAACGAGCGCAGACGAAUUCUUGCGAGAGAUCCCAUGGCCAGCGUGGACGGGUUCCGUAUCCUGGUGGACGCCGCGCUCCGUCACUUGUUCGGCGUGCGGAUCUGUCCGAACUGCCCGCGGUGCAACGAGGCGCUGCGGGAGCGGCCGGAUCUGCCGCAGCAGAAGAUGGCAUGGCUCCAACGCCACGACAAGGAGAGCGGGGACUUGUACGGCUUCUUACCCAUCGCUGAAGGCAUGCCCGUCGCUCUGACCGAUCAUAUCGAUCGAAGCGAGGACAAGAACCUGCUGCGCGGUCGCGUGGGCCGGGUGCAAUCCUGGGUAUGCGACGGGGACGGCGUCGAUGAUCGAGUCACGCGCGGCGGGGAGACCAUAUUGAAGAAGACGCCGAAAGUGAUUUUCGUGUUGUUCGACGAAGGCGAUGACGGGAACGGCGGCAGGAAGCCAUGCCAGUGGACGAUCGAGGGAUUGAAGACGCCCGGCCUGUACCCCGUGAUCCCGCAGAAGAAAGAUUGGUUCGUGGACAUGCUGAUCUUUCGCCCUUUCGACAUUGCGCCGUAUCAGAAGAAGGACGAACGGAAGGGCCCGGACUUACUGCUGCGCACGUUGCGCGGAGAAGAAUUGGACUGGGAGGCGAUAGAGCGCGAGUUCAUGCCGUCUGGCAGGUGCGCGGUCUGCGGGUGCACGAAGUACAAGAACAUGUACCCAACGGUCGGGCAGUGGAGCCGCGCAGAUGGGCUCCGCGUGUGCAGCGUGUGCAUGGAAGAUAAGAAGAGGGCUGGCACGCCGUGGCAAUGCAUGGAGUGUGGUCUAUGGAAGUGCCAGGAGGCGUUCCACGCGUCACAGCACCAUCCGUCGAAGUUGACCACGCGGCGCUGCGUGGACUGCCCGGAGAGACGGAGUUGUCGCGUGUGCGAGGAUCGGAAGUACGAGCAAGCUUUCGCGGCGUUUCAGUGGGAUAAGGCAGGGAACGCCCGGUGCAAAGGAGGGAUGUGCCUGGAAUGCGAGGAGCUGAAGAAGCACCUGACGUGUUCGCGCUGCGGCCAGCAGAAGUUACCAGUUGAAUUUGCCAAAGCGGAACAGGUCAACGACGAACCCACAUGCAAGGCUUGUAAGAAGUCGCAGAGAGAGGUGGAGAAGGCCCGCGCCGAAGAAGCGAAGCGAGUGGUAUGCUCAGCAUGUGGAGCGGCGAAGAGUAAGGCGGAAUUCUCCUCUCACAUGUUGGUCAACGCGUCGGAAGCGUCGAUUGCCUGUACCACGUGCGUGGACGCUGCAACCGCCCAACGGAAUAUGGCGGCGAGCAAAGACGUGAAGACCUGUGUUGGGUGCGGGGUGGCGCAACGGCGCGAUUGCUUUUCACGAAAGAUGUGGGAUGGAGUGGUCGCGAGUGACCGGAAGUGCAAGCGCUGCGUCGACGCUGGCGCUGCGCAGAGGGACGCGGCUGCGAGGAAGGACGAGAGAGCCUGCGUUGCGUGCGGGGUGGCGCAGCGGCGUGAAUGCUUUUCGCAGUGGAUGUGGGAGGGCGUGGCAGAGCGUCACCGCAAGUGCAAGCGCUGCAUCGAUGGCGCGAAGCUGCAGCGUGGAAAGUGGAAAUGUGUGGAAUGUAAGGGCGCUUUCGAGAGGGAGCACUACAGCACCUGGUUGGCCGGGCGAACGACGCAGAAGGCGGAUGGAAAGCAGAGGUGGCAGGUCGCGGUGCGGUGCGACGAGACCGCGUUGAAGAUCCCGAUCGUGAGCGUCGGGGAGGCGGCAGGUGAGGGCAACUGGCUGCUGUUCGGCUUGGGGUGCCCGGUGACGUUGCUUAGACAGGCUUGGAGGGGCACCGCGAGGCGCUUCGGCUGCCGCGUCAGGUCGAGGGCCCGGGCGCUCCUGUCUCGUUAUGAGCAGUGCAGCAACUUGACGGUGCACUCAGAGCGCGAGAUCGAGGGGUCCGCGGGCGACCUUGCGAAGGCCAGAAGGGCGCCAGCGAUGCGCUGGAGGUAUCCGCCCCCAGUGGCGUCUGCAUCGCACUGGACUGGCAGGGCCAGACAGAGCGGCGGCGCUCUAGGGUGCCCGGCGUGCAUCGGGCGCUCGAAGACGGUGGUCCUCAUGAUGUUCGUCUCCAACGGCUUCGGGUGCGCUGCGCGCUACCGCGGCGGCGACUUCUCGGCGGUGGGCGCAGCGCCCGCCCUCGAUGAGAUCGACGGGGCGUUGACCGCGCACUUUGGGCCCGAAGGGCGCGCCGACGCCGUCGUCGGGGCCGACUGCGGCCAGCAGGGGUGCGGGGGCGACGACCUGGAGGGCGAGGCCGCGACGAGCUCCAUGAAGGGCGCGUGCGCCGCGCUGUGUCCUUCCGUCGACCGAUCGACCGCCCGGUCCUCCGCGUCGUUGCUGACGUCUGGGAUGGGCAUGCCAGGGGUGUUGCGCGGCCUGCAGCAGCCGCGCGCGGAUUGCGGCGAGGCCGAGCAGGCGACGAUUGCGCUGUCCAGCGGCGAGGGCGAGUCCCGCGGCAUCGCGCGCGCGUUGGUGGCCACUGUGGGGACGAGCCAGAAUAUAUGCCACAUUGGCCUGGCAAGCGACCUUGCCGCGGCGACAGGCAGCUUGGCUGCGCGAGGCAUGUCCGCCCAGACGGUUUCCAGCGAAGUCCGGCUUUUGGCGAUCAAGGAGCUGCGGGUGCAGGGUGCACCGAGGAACAGGGUGUUCGAGCUCGCGAUCGUGGGCGCGCUCCUGGACAGGGCCCAAGCUGGUCGCGCCUUGGAGCGCUCCAGGGUGACAUUGCGGGCCGUGGCAGGCCCGCAGCGGCGGCCAAAAGGCCGCCGUGACAGGUUGGUUGCGGGCAGCUCUUCGCUGGUGAGCCUCGCCGCGCGCGCCGGCGUGCGGCGAGGCGGGUCCCGCCCCGGAGCCGGCGGCACCGACGUCGGGGCCUUCCCCUCCGCCGUGCGCGGUGCACUGUGCUCGUCAGUCAG